CCACGCGCCGGGGGGUUUCACACCGGCCCCGGGGCGGGAUGCUGCUCCCGACGCUGGUGACAUGCCUCGCCGGAUGCGCCUUCCUCCUGUCGCCGGUGAGCGAGGGCUGCGGGCCGGGCAGAGGCUACGGAAAGAGGCGGCCGCCGCGGAAGCUCGCGCCGCUCGCUUACAAGCAGUUCAGCCCCAACGUGGCCGAAAAGACUCUGGGUGCCAGCGGGAGAUACGAGGGGAAAAUUACGCGGAACUCUGACCGCUUCAAGGAGCUCACCCCGAACUACAACCCCGACAUCAUCUUCAAGGAUGAGGAGAACACAGGUGCAGACCGCAUGAUGACGCAGGUAACCCUCGCGGAUACGUUUUUCACUUAAAAAUCUGCUCAUUCAGGAGGCAUUUCACUGAGUGCACUUUGGUCAGUCUUUACGCGUGGACACUUAUCUUUUUCCGCGUUUCUUGUUGACCCAAUGCGCAAAAAAUCAGCCUUAACAAACAAAACACUUUCACAUUUUUUUCUUAACAGUUUGGAUAAAAUCUGCCAAAAUAUGUUUUUCAUGCCACUUCUUUUAAC